AUGUCUUAUCCGAACGCGGCUCCCACCAGCCCUGGUGGCGGGGCCAGCGGUGCCCCCUCGAAACGCGACAAACGUCGCACUGCGCUCCAGGAGCGCCUCCAGGAACUCACCGCGCAGUUUAGCCAUAACCGCGACAUUCAGUUCCGCCAGCAGCUGCACGCUUUGCAGUGUGAUAUGACUCUUAUCAACAACGCCGACCCCUAUGGCGCUGGCCCUCUGCUUGACACCGCUGACUCUAUUGCGGCCCUUAUCGAGGAUACUGUUGGUGGUGGCAGCAAGUUUGCUAAGGAGAUGGCUGGACUCGCUGGGUCUUGGUACUCUCGCUUUGUUCAGCAGGUCAAUCAGGUUAAGGAGACUAGAGAUGCUACUCUGACCGCUACUAUGAAUGGUUACAACGAUAUGCUUGAGCGACAACAGCGUGAACAUGACUUCCGGGUUUACUUUGCAAAGGAGGAGUUCAAUCACCUUUCUUCUACGCUGCGCGAGCGCUUGAUUCAGAGCAUUUCCAGCAAGAAGGCCCGUCUCAUGCGCGAGAAAGAGCAACUCGAUAUCGCGGACACCAAUGCUUUGCUACUUCACCCCAAUCAAUUCAGCAUUACCAACCCCGCAAGCCCCGGUGGGAUCCACAGCAACCGCAAGACUCGUCACACUCGUCACCGCGUUGACCUCGACGAACUUGGCAACGGUGUUAUCUCGGAGUUGAAUAAGCGCAAGCGCAAGGCCCCGGAGGAGGAACCUGGAUCUCCUGCGCGGGAUACGGGCGAUGCUACUCCCGCGAAGCGCGCAAAGGCCGAGAUUGCAAAGGAGCAGGUCGCACCAACAUACUCGAUUCACUCCUUGUUCACCGAUAAGGAGCUUAGCGCGCACGCCAACCAUGCCCACGUCGCUGCGGUUCACUUUUUCUCUACUUCCAAGCGUCCAGAUCACGGCUCCGGCGCUGUGACCAAUGGAAACAAUACCGACGCGGAGGACACCCCCGAAGGCACCGGCAAUGAAGACAAUGGCACCCCCAGCGCAGCAGACAUGAUGCGCACUGCAAGCCACAAUUACCACGCCACCCGCUCGACCCGCACAACCGCCGCUCACAGCGCUCUCAGUGCCCUGGCCGAUCUAGCCGAUAAGCCCGCAACCCGCCCUAACCUCCCUUACCACAUCCUCUCCAACUACCACGCACGACCAAACGGCAACGCCCCACCCCUAACCUCACUCAUGACCGAAGAAGUCGACGACGACUGUGCGCGCAUGAACCGCCUCAGCAACAAGCCCUCUUCGUGGAUCGAUCACUCCCUCGUCGAGCUGGUCGCCGCCCCUCUGCCCUCUUCAGACCUCAUCGACGGUCAUGUCCCCGACCCCAAUACCUACUCACAACUCCACCCCGACUUCUCUCCUGCCAUGGCUGUUGACUGGACUCCUGCGGCUCACCACCCCGCCCUCGAGAUGUUUCCGCCUACUGCUAUGGAGCGUGAGCGCAGCCGCAAGCGCACUCGGAACCACUAA